GCGAAGUUUGGAAGGAGUGAGCCGAGAGCUCAGAAAGUUUGUUUUUCCUUCAGAGCCUCGGAGCUGGUAGAGCCGAAGCGGGGACUCCUUGAGGACGGCGCUGGCGCAUCUGUCCCUCGGGACUGACCUCCCUUUCCUUGCAGGUUUUGAGCCCCGGAGGAUACAAUGUUCGCUAAACUCUUCCAGCAGUGGAGUUUCGCGGUGUUCCUGCUGAGUUACUCAGUGCCCUCCUACGGGAGAUCAGUAGAAGGGAUCAGCCGCAGACUCAAACGGGCUGUAUCAGAGCACCAGCUAUUGCAUGACAAGGGCAAGUCAAUCCAAGACUUACGAAGAAGAAUAUUCCUCCAAAAUCUAAUCGAAGGUGUCAACACUGCAGAGAUCCGCACGACGUCGGAGGUGUCGCCCAACCCCAAACCUGCCACCAACACCAAGAACUACCCCGUGCGGUUUGGCAGCGAAGAUGAGGGCAGAUACCUGACUCAGGAGACAAACAAAGCACAGACCUACAAGGAGCAGCCCCUGAAGGCGUCGGGGAAGAAAAAGAAAGCGAAGCCUGGGAAACGUAAGGAGCAAGAGAAGAAAAAGAGGAGAACCCGCUCGGCUUGGCUAAAUUCUGGCACGUACGGAGACGCCGUGACUGAGAGCCCACUCUUGGACAUCUCUGCUACUACACAUAAUCACACUUCAAGGAGGCGCUGACAUUUUCAGCAAGAGAUAUUUGGAAGACAUAUUGCAGUAUUCUGUAAUAGUGAACAUAUGGGAAGUAUUAAAAUAUUUAUUACCUGUAAAUAUUGUAAAUGCUCAGAAUAAAACCUUUUCCCCCAUUGCUCUCUGAAACUGCACAUUUGGUUAUUGUGAAUUUUCCUUUUUUUUCUUUUUUUUUUUUUUUUUUUUUUUGGCUAAGGCUAAGACAGUUAUUGUCACAUUUACCAUAAUUUAUUUUGUUGACUGGUGUAUUUAUUUUGUGAACGUAUCUUGGUGCUGCUGACUUUCUAUAUUUUUUGUAACAUAAUGCACUUUAGAUAUACAUAUUGAGUACAUUGAUAACUGACAUAAAAUGUUCCUGUUUUGUGGUUGAUUUCAAUGAAUGCCUACAUACAAUUGUUCAAACUGAUUUUCCUUUGUGCAUGUAUAAUAGCAGUAUUUUAAAAUUUGUA